CGCUGCUGGAUCACGUUCAGGACACCGGUUUUUCGAGGUAGUCAGUCGCCUGCUAGCAGCCACCGGCAGCGAAUCGAUGCGACGAGAAUUUUAACGCGUCCCGUCCACCCUAUUCUUUCGCCAACAACUUUUCCACUCUGCCUCGCAUCCGACACUCCUCCCCGUGCAACUUCCUAAUAACGCGAUAGCUUCGAUACCCUGCCUCUUUCUCGCCUAUUGUCGCUUUAUCGGGACGUUGACAAAUGUUUCGUCUCGCCGGCAAGAUCGAGGAAUAAUGCUCGCGACUGCCUGAAGGAUGCUAAGAGAGACCGAGACGGGACACAAUUCUUGGCGGUUUUUCUUUCCGAUACACCAGGAAAAGUCGACGAAAUUGCGACGAAACAAUGGAGGACCAUUUUGCACUCGAAGCGAAAGAGCUGUGGGCUGUUUACGCCUGGUGGUCGUGCGUACUUGUUUUGAAGAUGAACUCUUUGUCGUGGUUCACUGGUAGGAUCCGAGUAAGCAGACAGGUAAUUCACAGCGAGGAGGAUAGGAUGUGGAUGAAAGGUCCCAAUAUAAUUUUAUGUCCGACCGGAGGCGGCCAUGAAGACGUGGAUCGCAUCCGAAGCGCGCAUCAACACGAUCUCGGAACCGCGCUCCUUUAUCUGCUAAUUACACCGAUAUGGUUGUGCACGUUACCCCCGUUUCCUGUGGCCAGAACGAUUCUUCCUUGUUUCGCGAUAGUUAGCAUACUGUACACCCUGGCGCACAUGGAGAUCGGGAAUCCGCACCGUUAUUGCAAAACAAUACUCGCCGUCGUUGAACUUUGCAUCCUGAUCUGCAUGUCCGCCAUGAUUGUGCUCUGCUACACGGAUGCACUCCAAAUGCUGCGAUAAUUUCGAGCGUGUAUAUUUCUUAUGUACGGCUCCUGUUACGUAAUCGUGGCCGUUUGAUAUGAUAAGCGAGGUCAAUGUAACACGUCCCGCACUUGGAAUUACAAUGAAUGGUAGUUAAUGGAGCACCGGGAAUGCAUAUCUGCUGAGAAUAUUCGUGGACUGUUCCAAUUACUAAGAUGCAUACGAUUGCGUAAACAAUGCGUUACGUUCAAUUAGUAUUACUUACCAUAAAUGCUUUCUAAUAAGAAUUAUACAAGUAAUUAAAUGCUUUGUAAUGAGAAUUAUACAGGUAAUUGAAUGCUUUACAACGAGAA